CUUUUAAUACUCAAUUACUUGAGAAUCAAAUGAAAAAGUAGAGUUCGGAUUCAAUUUUCGUUCCGAUAGCUACCCAUCCUCGGAUCUUGGGUUGCGUGGGACCCCCUGUUGCGUACCUUGUAUCCACCACAACUUUCUUGCUCAACCAAAAAAGACUCCCUACAACCGCACCACCUCCGACCAACACCACUCCACAGUACAACCCAUCAACCCAAGGCGCAAUGGAGACCAGUGCAGGCAUAACAACACCCGCAGCCGCCGAAUCUCUAAUCCCCAAAUUCAAACUCGAACGCGUCCUAAACCAAGACCAAGCCGGACGCCGCAUUGUCCUCCUCGGCGCCAUCUCCACGACUCCGGCCCUCCUCCUCCUCGAGCGUGCUCCAUUCUCCGCCUCCGCCGAACACCUCGCCGAACUCCCGCGCGCGCUACGCUCGUGCCGGAACCUCGGUGCGAAUGAUGUCUACUUCUGGUUUAUGGCGUGUAGCGGGGACGCGGCUGACGGUGCUGCGGCGGCUGAGAUACACGAUGAUCUGAAGAUCAACCUGAUCUACCCGUGUACGGAGAAACAUAUCAAGAAGUACAGCAGGCAGGGGACGCGAAUGGUGACGGAGACUGCGGAGACAUACAAAAAUUCAGUGAGGCCAUACAUGCAGCGACAGCGGGAGGGGGGAAGGCUGACUUGGGUAUACAAUAUCAUUGAGGGCAAGACGGAGGUGGAGGACGUGAUUUUUCGCACAGUACGUGGAGUAGAUACCGAGCGCGGCUUCCUGCUGCUACCGGACCUGAACUGGGACCGCAAGACGAUGGAGAGCCUGCAUCUACUCGCUCUGGUGGAGCGCAGGGACAUCUGGAGUCUGCGCGACCUACGGAAAAAGCAUGUGCUGUGGCUGAAGGACAUGAGGCGCAAGAUUUUACAGGCGACAGUGGGGACGCAUACGAAGCUUGAAGAGGAUCAGUUGAAGUUGUAUGUGCAUUAUCAGCCUACGUACUAUCACUUCCAUAUCCAUGUCGUGCACGUCGCUCUUGAAGCUGGCGCCACGCAAUCAGUGGGCAAGGCCAUCGGGUUCGAGAGCCUCAUCUCACAGCUAGAGAUAAUGCCGGGCGGCGAGGAAGCCGGGUUGGACAGCGUGAACCUAACAUAUGGUCUUGGGGAGUCUAGCGAGCUAUGGAUCGACGUCUUCGAGCCGCUCAAGAAUCGCGGUACAGUUUCUCUAUCUCAAUAACCAGAUCAUUCACCCCCGGACCAUUGGGGCAGUUCUUCCAAUCCCCGUCGUGCACGCAGUACACCUCGUUGUUCAGUCUCACCGUGCAGCUCGCCCUGACGCCCACAUUGAUACUCCUCUGGACGCUAUCCCUCAGCAGACCCAUGCCCAUCCCAUCGGCGCUGCCCGCGCACUCAUUCAGCUUCUGAAUGUCGACGGCGUGCUCCAGCGCGCAGCCCUUGACCAGGGCCUCAUCGGGGAUCUCCCUGUAGUCGUUAGAGAGACACAUGACGAAGCCGAGAUAGAUGCGCGGCUCCGGGUAGAGGUGGGCGGCGCACAGCUCGAGGAUGUUGCCCAUGCACUCCGGCGGGCCGUGCAUGC